AUGGCAUUGGCGAGCACGGAAUGCUUCCCCGUGAAAUCGGCCACUGCGUGUGAAAUAGUUGAAGGAAAGGCAACAGAUGUGCUCGUCUCGGACUUUGGCGACCGAUUAUUUGUUGUAGUGACCCAAUUCCAAAAAAUCGGGACCCUUAUCGAAGUCAGGAAGGACGUGGCCCGAAGGGAACACCCGGCUGACGUAUACAGCACUCGGGUUCUCUUGGGGAAAGACUGCUCCGAGACUCACUUAGUUGCUCGCUUCAUUGCUGAAAAGGUAAAUAUUGAUAAGCCGAUUCUGGUUGGAGUGUCCCUGGUUGACUAUAGCCCUGGCAUAGUCCGCAAAGUGACCGAUCUUGUUGUGAAGAACCUGGUUGCCUGA